AUGGGCGAGCUGGCACGGGCUGACAGCCGCCCCUUGGCACCCGGAGCCGCACGGCGCUCCUUUAACCCUCCCACAGCCCCCGGGUGGGGCAGAGCUGACGGGCUCGGCCGCGGCCCGGAAGGUCGGAGGUUGGAGGCCAGCACAGCAUUGCAGCCGUCUGGAUUCCGCAGGUCCACUGCCCAUGCCCUGGUCGCCGUGCCCAGUGGAGGCAUGGCCACCGAGCUGCUGACUGACGAGGCCCCGGAGUUGGUGACCUUCAGGGAUGUGACCGUGGACUUCACUCAGGAGGAGUGGCAGCAGCUGGACCCUGCUCAGAAGGACCUGUACACGGACGUGAUGCUGGAGAACUUUCAGAACCUCAGCUCGCUGGGAGAAGAGGUCUCCGUGUGCAAAGAGCGCGGGGCAGCCUUCACACGGCUGGCGGACCUGGCCCAGCCCCAGUGCGCCCACACUGCGGACGAGCCCUUCGCCUGCGCCCAGUGCGGGAAGUCUUUCCGGACGCGCACCGCCCUGCAGGUGCACUGGUGCGCACACGCGGGCGAGAGGCUGUACACGUGCGUCGAGUGCAGCAAGGCCUUCGCGCAGCACCUGCAGUUCAUCGCGUCCCCGCGUGCGCACGCGGGGGAGCGGCCCUACGCCUGCGGCCACUGCGGCCGGGCCUUCGCCCUGGUUGCCCACCUCAUCGACCACCAGCGGCUGCACGACGGCCAGACGCCCUUCGCCUGCGGCCUGUGCGGCAAGCCCUUCGCCAGGCGCUCCUCGCUGCUCGGCCAGCAGCGGGUCCCCGAGAGCCAGAAGCCCCACAAGUGCCGCGUGUGCGCCAAGGCCUUCCGGAAGAAGUCGGACCUGGUCAACCACCACCGCAUCCACACGGGCGAGCGUCCCUUCCGGUGCUACGAGUGCGGCAAGGCGUUCACGCAGAGCAUGACGCUGGUGGAGCACCAGAAGACGCACACGGGCGAGAAGGCGCACCCGUGCCGCGCCUGUGGCAAGCGCUUCACCAAGUCCUCCGCCCUGGUCCUGCACGAGCGCAUCCACACCGGCGAGCGCCCCUUCCGCUGCCCCGAGUGCGGCAAGGGCUUCAACCAGAACAUCCAGCUGGUGGUGCAUCUGCGGAGCCACACGGGCGAGAAGCCCUUCCAGUGUGCCACGUGCGGGAAGCGCUACAGCCAGAAGGGCUACCUGAGCGUGCACCAGCGCACGCACACCGGCGAGAAGCCCUUCGAGUGCGGCCAAUGCAAGAAGGCCUUCAGCCAGAAGGCCCACCUGUCCAUCCACCUGCGGAUCCACACGGGCGAGAAGCCCUACCGCUGUGGCGAGUGCGGAAGGAGCUUCCGCAAAGUCUCCUUCCUCUUCCAGCACCAGGCCAUCCACAGUGACGAGAGGCCCUUCAAGUGCAGUGUCUGCGGGAAGGCAUUCAUCCGCAAAGCCACCCUCGUCCAGCACGGCCGCAUCCACACCGGGGAGAAGCCCUACCACUGUGCUCAGUGCGGGAAGGCCUUCCGGCACCAGCCCACGCUGACCGCCCACCGCAGGAUCCACACCGGGGAGAAGCCCUACCAGUGCCAGGCCUGCGGCAAGGCCUUCCGGCGCAUCGGGAACCUCACCUGCCACCAGAAGACGCACGCUGGCGAGCCGUCCCCCGGCUCCCCCGGCGGGUCAGGCGUGCCAGGCGGGCAGGAGCCUGCAGCCCACGUGGCUGCUACCUGA